UAUUUCCAAUAAGCUGGCAACACUGUUGCCACGUCGUUUGUCGUGUCUUCGUAUACUUCGUUGACAAGUGUCAAACAAUCUUAUUCGUGUCUUCGUCAAUACAACAAUUAAAACGUACUUCAUUCGUGUUACUUCUCUUGCUGCAGCGAAAACUAGCUAAACUAACCCGCCAUGGAUAAAGUUGUGAAAUUCUGUGAACCUGGCCGUGUCUUCGCCAAGGACUCCAUUCGUUUGGUCAAACGUUGCACCAAACCCGAUCGCAAAGAGUUCCAAAAGAUUGCCAUUGCCACCGCCAUUGGUUUCUGCAUUAUGGGCUUCAUUGGUUUCUUCGUCAAGCUGAUCCACAUCCCCAUCAACAACAUCAUUGUCGGUUCAUAAGUCACAACAUAGAAAUGGAUUUUCUUCUCUGUUUCCAAAAUACAACACACAACUUUCUAAGGCUGCAUCAGCUUUUCCCACUUUUGUUUGUAUCCAAAACAAUAACACAGACGUAGGAUUAUCCGUUUCAAAUGUUUAUUUUUUAUGUUAAUACAUCAUAAGGUUUUAUAUACAACAUCCUCAAAAUACAAUAUGUUUUCCGAUAAAUAUUUGUGAAUUUGUCUGGCAUUGA